UUUUGUGUACCGCUCAGGUUAAUCGCUCUCUCGCCAGGCGCUCCUUGAACUCUCUUGUCCGCCGCCGCCAUGCUAGAGCUCAAGGCCCUCCUCCUCGUUCUGCUGGUCUGUGUACGCGAAAGCGUGUCAAUACCCGCGCAAACGCCCUUCGAGGUAUCUCCGGAGAUACACGCUGCCAAACCACGGCGCAAGCUCCAGGGUCGCUUUCUGCACAUCACAGACAUCCACCCGGACCCGUACUAUCGCGUCGAUUCGUCCGAGAAGAAGGCGUGCCACCGCGGAAAGCCCAAGGAGGGGAAGAGAGUCGCAGGCUACUACGGCUUGCCGUUCAGCGACUGCGAUGCGCCGUUCUCGCUCACGAACCACACCUUGGACUUUCUAGAUAGAGAAUGGGCGGACGAAAUAGACUUCGUGAUAUGGACAGGAGAUAGUGCGAGACAUGACAACGACCGUCGGCAUCCGCGUACCACGGCGGAGAUAUACGACCUCAACCGCGCCAUGGCGAAGAAAAUGGAACACGUCUUCGUCCGCAAAGGCAUCCCUGUCGUGCCGAGCAUAGGCAAUAACGAUGUAUGGCUACAUAAUAUCAUGCUACCAGGUCCAAACAGUAUAACCGCCGAGUUCACCUCGAUAUGGCGGGCCUUUGUGCCGUUUCCGUCGUAUCAGGUGUUCCAACGUGGCGGCUACUUCUCCGUGGAGGUGAUCCCAGACUCGGUGGCGGUCAUCAGCCUGAACACUAUGUACUUCUACGAUUCAAACACAGCUGUGGGAGGAUGUGCGCGGUCCGAACCACAAGACCCCGGGAACCUCCAACUCGACUGGCUCGACGUGCAGCUGCAGAUGUUCCGCGAGCGGGGGAUGCAGGUUUGGCUGUCCGGCCACGUCCCGCCCUCCUCCCGCAACUUCUACUCUGAAUGCUACGUUCGAUACCUCGAGCUUUCCCUCCGGUACCAGGACACUAUUCUGGGGCACGUCUAUGGGCAUAUGAACAUGGAUCACUUUUUUCUCGUGGAUGCAGAGCAGCUAGGCAAUGACUCGCGAAGUCGCGACACGUCACUCGCGGCAGGCGACGCGCCCUCCACGCUGAAGCACAGCAAGAAGGAGCUAUACAAGCUGUUGCUGCAGGAGUUUGCCGACCUCCCAGGUGCGCAGGGCCUGAACCAUGACAACUAUGCAGUAGUCAACGUCGCGCCUUCGGUGGUCCCGACGUACCUGCCCUCGUUCCGCAUCUACGCGUACAACACCACGGGCUCGCUGUACACGGCCGGGCAGCUCGGGAACGCGACGGGGCAACCAGGGGGGUCGUCUGCGUCGCUGAAGUCGCGCGUCGGCGCGCUGUGCGCGGAGAAGGCGUACGAGAAUACCUGGCGGUGCAACCUCGAGCAGCCGUGGCACUCGAACGCCGAAUCGCCCUCACGCACGAAUAGGCUCUGGACGCCCCUCGGCUAUGCUCAGUAUACGCUGCGCGGAAUGGACGGCGCCGACGAGAGGCAUCCGCCGAAAUUCAAACUCGAGUACCUGACGUUCCCGGUCGCGGCGCUGCACCCACCCGAAGCGGAGGGGGCCGCGGACGCCACUGACACGGCCGAGCCAGCGAGUGACAGCGCAGAGGCAAGCGAGGGCAAGGGGAAGGAGAAGAAGGGAGCCAAGUUCUGGCAUCCGAUCCCGCGGCGACACCUGCCGCGCCUGCUUCGGAACAGCACGAUCGGAAAGUCGAAGAAGUUCGCGCCGUACGGGCUGGAGGACCUGACGAUACCGUCGUGGACGGCGCUGGGGCAGCGGCUGGGACGGUCGAAGGCGAAGCAGCUGCGGCAGCGGUUCCGGCGGUUCAUGUACAUGGGGGCGGACGAGGCGACGUAGGUCGCGAGUUGUAUGUAGCGGUGCGACAGAUGGUGGAUGAACAGCGUGGUGUGU